AUGGCUACUUUCCUACGUAACUUCAAUUGCUUGUCCCCAUGCACUGAAGUUUCUGUGAAAAUUUUGGUAGAUGAAGUCAGAAACAAAGUUUUAUUUGUCCAAGCAGGGAAGGACUUUGUUGAUGUGUUGCUAAGUUUCUUAACUUUGCCAUUAGGCACUAUUGCAAGACUUGUGAGUCAAGAAUCUAACAUGGAGAAUGUUUGUGUUGGAAGCUUAAGUUUGUUAUACGAAAGUGUGGCCAACCUUGACAAAGAGAAAUUCAGGUCAGCUAUUGAAAAAGAAUUAUUGGUUCGACCGAUUAAUUCAAUGGACCGAUAUUGCAAAUAUCUAAAACUCAACAUUGAUGACACAGAAAAAUUGAGGUCUUUUAAUUGUGGCAAACAAGAGUGCAUUGAUAACCCUGCGAAGCGAAAUUGCAAGUGCUGCGAAAAGAAAAGAACCUCGUUAUGUGUGGUUAAACACCAUCCUAAGAAUGGUUUUGUUCCGGCAACAGCAACUUUUCUUAUCUCAGAUGAUUUGAAUGUGAAGCCUGAUAAUUCUCAACUUUCUCAAAAUAAUACUAUCAAGAUAGUGACUGUGGAUGUCACUCGUAAGGAGAUACUAGAUCUAGUAAAGUGCUCCUUAAUCUCGGCGACACCUCUGACAGACGUAUUCUUGUCGAAGAAACUAUUUCUUGAGAAUCCAAGACCUUUCAAUGUAUUUGAUAUUGGUAGUAACAUUGGAUCUGAAACAUCUCAUUUUGAAAUAAGAGGAGCACAACUUGUGAAGGGCACAAUAGAAGUAAAGGCAAUGAUGAGAAAAUCCAACAACAAAAUAUUGUAUGUUUUGGGUGAAGAGGACUUUGCAGACUUGUUACUGAAUUUUUUGAGAUUCCCUUUGGGAGGAGUUGAGAACAUGUUAAAUGGAAACUCUGGUAUAGACAACAUAGAUAAUCUAUUCAAGAGCAUGGUUGAUUUGGAUCGUACACGAUAUUUUAAAUCCAAAUCAGAUUUUUUGUCUAAGCAAGUCGAAUCUAAUUUUGAUGGAAAACAAAUUAUCAAGAGUCCUUCAACAUAUAUGGUAACAGAUGACUUAGCCAUCACACCAGGUUCCUCAACCGAUGCGAUUUCCUUUCUGACUAAAAUGAGAAUUCCUCUCUCUGAUUUGGAAGAAAGAAGGAUUAGCAUUGGCAAUAAAGAGGCUCAUAGUCUUCUGAAAGCUUCGUUGAUCUCAUCAUCAGCUCUCACUAAUGGUCUUGGUCCAUUUCUUGCAACCAAUGACAAGAAAAUCUUAAACUAA